AACGGAACAGUUACAUACUUGGCUCCUUUUCUUUUCUCGGUUGAAGCGGUUCACAGUGCACAGGGUCAAUAUGCUCAGAAACUGCUGAAUGAUCUGAUGGAGAAUUACUCCAAUGCUCUGCGCCCUGUGGAGGACACAGACAGUGCCCUUAAUGUCACCUUACAGGUCACCCUCUCUCAGAUCAAAGACAUGGAUGAGAGAAACCAGGUGCUGAUAGCCUACCUGUGGAUCAGGCAGACAUGGCAUGAUGCUUACCUAAAGUGGAACAAAGACGACUAUGAUGGUCUGGACGUCAUCCACAUUCCAAGCAGCCUGGUAUGGAGGCCUGACCUUGUUCUCUAUAAUAAAGCCGAUGAUGAUUUCUCAGGACCAAUGGACACCAAUGUGAAGCUUCGCUACAAUGGAGAAAUAACAUGGGAUGCUCCUGCCAUCACCAAGAGCUCCUGUGUUGUUGAUGUGUCCUACUUUCCCUUUGACAGUCAGGAAUGCAAUCUCACUUUUGGCUCUUGGACCUAUAAUGGAAACCAGGUUGACAUCUAUAUGGGCAUGGACAGUGGUGACCUGUCAGACUUUGUGGAAAACGUGGAGUGGGAGUGCCAUGGGAUGCCCGCCACUAAGAAUGUCAUAAUGUAUGGCUGCUGCUCUGAUCCAUACCCAGACAUCACAUAUACAGUGUUGCUGCAACGGCGCUCUUCCUUUUACAUCUUCAACCUCCUCCUGCCAUGCUUCCUCAUCUCCUUUCUGGCUCCUUUGGGGUUCUACCUGCCAGCAGACUCUGGGGAGAAGGUCUCGCUUGGGGUGACAGUUCUCCUGGCUCUCACUGUUUUCCAGCUGAUGGUGGCUGAAAGCAUGCCACCAUCAGAGAGCGUUCCGCUCAUAGGGAAGUACUACAUUGCCACCAUGACCAUGGUCACAGCCUCCACGGCCCUCACCAUCUUCAUCAUGAACAUUCACUUCUGUGGUGCAGAAGCCAAGCCAGUUCCACACUGGGCUAAAGUACUCAUCAUUGACUACAUGUCCAAGAUCUUCUUUGUUUAUGAAGUGGGGGAGAACUGUGCUUCUGCCUCCCUUCAGUCGUCCCAUGGCCUCAAAGAUGAUGCUUCCAACCAGCAUUCUCACAUACACGCAAACGGUAGACCUGGAAGCCACCACAGCCAAGAGGACUGGCAGAGUCACAAAUACAAACCGCCCCGGUCUCAGGCCUCUCUUGUACAACAGCAGCACAGAGUAGAAGUCCAGCACCACAUCAUGAGAGAAGAGAAUGAAUGCUUUUCCAGUUUUUCACCUGGAAAAUAUGAAGGUUCCAAUGAAAAAAUCCCUAUGACUGACUUUAGUUCAGAAGAUAGACAGGUUCCCUGUUGUCCUGAGGACCAGAAGCUUCCCUGCUGCCCUGAAGACAAGCCGCCUUUGCUGAACUGUCCCACUGUGACCUUUAGGUCGUGCGUGUUCUGCAGCCACAGGGGUGGCAUUCCCAAAAUGGACAACAAGCUGAUGCAAAAUGUGGAGUUUAUUGCCAACUGUUUUCGAGAGCAGAGGGCCACGUGUGUUAAAGGAGCAGAAUGGAAGAAGAUAGCUAAAGUGAUGGACAGGUUCUUCAUGUGGAUUUUCUUCAUCAUGGUUUUCCUCAUGAGCAUUCUCAUUAUUGGCAAAGCAAAGUGACUAAACCAGAAGAUGGUUGUUAUAUUAAACUGUUCAACUGAACACACAUUCAUGGAAUUGUUUAUGGAAGCGUAUUGUACUCAAUAAAAAAACAGAAAAAAAUAAACAGGUGUUUUUCAUUCUAAAUUUUUGGUGUUUUUCCUUCUGUUUUUUUAAGAACUACAAACAGACUUGGUCACAUUGUGGUUUUUAAUUGCAGGUCAUCUUAUAGUUUUCACGAGCAGAGGAAGUUAGUGCCCAACCUGUUUGUAGUUCUUUGCUUUAGUAGUUAAAAAGAAAAUUAGGAACGAAAAUCACAAACAGAAAAUAGAGUGAAGACUGCAUGUUUUUUUAAUGAAUGCAAUAUGCUUCCAUACCUAUUUCUUACAUUUGUUUAAAUUAAAUAUUUUGGUUUUAUACGUUUAUUUAAAAGUUAUAUUCAUUUUAAGAUAAUAUUUAUUUCCUGAUAUAAAGCUAAUGAGUAAGUGAACAGUACUUUGCAACAAUAAAUUAUUAGGUUUUUAUCUAUAAAAUGAACCAAACCAAACAAAAAUGUGUUCACAAUUAAACAUAUUUAUUGCUUUUUUCUUCCCUCACAACAAAUAUUAAAGGAAUCUUAU